AUGACGGUGACAGUGGCGGACGCAACGACGAUCGACACGACGGUGACGGCGAUGGCACCGAUGAGCACCGUGGCGACGGCGGGAUCGACGGUGGCGGCCGACACGGAGUUGACAGACGUGCCGGCGAGUACGGCGGGCACAGUGACGAGUAGGGCACGAGUGCGUGGCGAGACGACGAAACCAUUAUCCCCUGUGCUGACUGAGUCGGCGGCGACGACAACGCCUGAAGCCCCUGUAAUGACCGAGUCAGCGGUGGCAGCAACGCAGCCACAGCUAGCAGCGACGAGUGCGGCGAGAACGCGGCGACGAGCAGUGACGACGACGGACGUGAUGCCGGCGAGUCCGAACGCGAAGGAGACACCAAGCAUGGCGCCAGCAACCAAGGCCAAGGCGCAACAGCAGCGUGAAGCGACUGCAAUGCCGGGGAGUGGGUUGUCGACGACGGUGAAGUCGAGCAGCGUGUUGGGCAAUAAGCUACGCGACACCAAAUUGAAGACGGUGACGGUGCCAGACGCGAGCAAGCGGCUAGUUUGUGGACGACAGUUCAAUGGUGAUGACGGACGACGAGUCGAACGCGAGCGAGAUGGUGGUGGCGUACGCGACGUUGACGAUGGGCGAGGUGUCGUUGGGCGUGACGAUGGCGUACGUGGAGUAGUCCGUGAAGGUGAAGCCCUUGCGACGACAGACGGCUCGAUGUCGACGGUGACGAACGGCGGCGAGACGUGCGUGAUGAACGUGAUGUGCGGCGAGAAACACAGCCGACACCGCAGCUGA